AUGUCGAGCGAUGAACUGAGGCUGAAGCGGAAUGCCUACCUUGUCGAUCUCUUUGGUGGAUCAGCUGACGAUGGAGCACUUGUAAGACGUUUAUGGUCGUCAGCUUUCUUGGUUGGCGGAAAAGCUAAGCGACGUCGUGCUGCUCGUUUUUCAUUCAUGUGAGU